UGUCGGUGUGCGUGUUUGUUUUUGCUUGCUUGCUCUUCUGGCUGGCUUGCACUUUUUCUUGACAAGAGCCACAGAGCACGUAAUAAUAACAAGAGCAUUCAAUACAAAACGACUGAAAAUCCGAAAUAAAUAAGUUCUUAAGCCAGUAGAUUCAUACAUGUAAGAACACAAUUCACUUGAAAAAUGAAUGGAUUCAUUGCUGUGCAUUGCGGAGCUGGGUAUCACAGUGACAAUCUUAAAAAAGAAUACCAAAGAACAUGCUAUGCAGCUUGUAGAAAAGCUAUAGAAACUCUUAAGAGUGGAGGCAGUGCAGUAGAUGCAGUGGAAAAAGCAAUAAUAGAAUUAGAAAACAGUUCAUUAACUAAUGCUGGAUAUGGAUCAAAUCUCAGUUGGGAUGGAUCUGUUGAGUGUGAUGCAUCUAUUAUGAAUGGCCAAACACUACAUUUCGGAGCAUGUGGUGCUGUGUCAAAUGUCUGGAAUCCUAUAAGUUUGGCCAAACACUUGUGUAUGAAGCAAUGUGAAAAUCUCUCCCUGGGCAGGGUUCCCCCAUGCAUUCUGACUGGACGAGGAGCCCGGUCAUGGGCAGAAAGAAUGGGUUUGGAAAUUGUAGAUGAAAAAGAUAUGAUUUCAGCCCGUGCUUUUCGCAACUUUAAACACAGUAAAAGAAAAUUGAAAAGAUACUCCCUUCAAAAUGACAUUAAAUUUAGUCCUCUGGAUACUGUGGGAGCAAUAUGUGUUGAUUCCAAUGGGAUAGUGGCAUCAGGAGCUAGUUCUGGAGGAGUCUCUUUGAAGCAUGAAGGCCGAGUUGGUCAGGCUGCUUCAUUUGGCAGCGGCGUGUGGGCUGUCAAUAACAUGGAUAACAAGUCACCUUCCAUAGCAGCAUGCACAUCUGGUUGUGGCGAGCAUUUAAUUCGGACUCAAUUAGCCAGAAAGACAGCAGAAAGCCUUAAUGAUCCCUCUCCUGUAAUAAGCCUGGACAAAUGUUUGAAAGAUCAUUUCUUAAAUUCACCAUUUCUUUGGGAUGUUUCUGAACGAUUGGGUGGAACAUUGGCAUUGCGUUUUGACCCUGCGAUUGGAGAAGGGGAACUGCUUUGGGGUCACACUACCAAAACUAUGUGCAUUGGUUACAUGUCAACAGAACAUGAAAGACCAAAGUGCAUUAUAUCUCAAUUACCAGCAAAGGUUGAACCAGGCCACAAAGCAGUUGUGUCAGGGACACCAUUCAAUGUUCGUAUACAACCAUGCCCAACGUUUCAAUGGGAAGUGAAGACUGAAACAAACUGUAAUGGAUCUCUCUAGUUACUACUCUUAGUUUUAGUGUAAUUAGCUUAGAUAAUGUUUAGAUACCUAGGUAAUGUGACUGUGUUCUUGACUAAUAAUUAGAUAAAGAGAUGCCAAUGUGUAUUGUUACUUCAUCAACAGCCCUUUACAGUCCACUGCUGGACUAUGAGCCUCCUCCACUAUAGUGGAGGGUUUUGCCAUAAUCUCCACGCUUGGCAGGCGGGUUGGAAAUCGCAGUUUAAAAGAUUGAUGUUUUUCAGAGAGCGCUGCUGCCCAUUCUCUGUUUGAUGUGUAGUCCCUAAGUCGCCUCUUACGACACCCGCGGGAAGAGUAGGGGUUGGUGACAAAUGUAUUCUACUCUGCCGUCACCACACGGCUUAUUCAAUACUAUUAAUUGCAGGAGUGUGAUGGAUGGGAGAGCAUAAUACAUAUUUGCAUAAAUUGGCUCUUGGCUACUCUAAUAAAAUCACCCAAUGAAUUUAAGUGUUUGCACUUCUUUGUGAAAAGAUUAAUGUCUUAUGUACAAUUAUUUAUUUAUAGUUGUUGCAAUUCACGAAGCCUUUACAUGUAGCUCACAACUGUUCAUUUUUCAAAGUUUUGGUAGACGUUACGUUAUGUGCAUCUACUCGUACACAAGUAAAGCUCACUCGCCUUCGUGAGUAACAAGAACUAGGUAUACUACUUUACCUAAGGCCUAAGGGCUUUACUAAAGAUCUCAAUUUGUGGUGUAUUAUGCUCCCCUAUCACUUUUUGAAAGAUACAAAAAUAAUUAUGUGAAAUAAUAACUAUGACCUAGAAUAUUGCAUUUAACAACUACCUACACUCGGCGUCAAAUAAAUCGCACCUCCCGCGACGUCAAAUACAUACUUUUAAACGUAUGCAUCCCCACUUCCUACCAAUAUUGGUACCAUUUGAAAGCCUAGUUCUAAACUUCAUGUCAUUAAAGGAAAGGUUUUUACACCAAAAAUGUGUCUAGAAGGAUCCAGUCUCUUCUUAAAGCGACAGGUAGUUACGCUUGAGCCAACUUAUAUGGCUAUAAAACUGUUAAAUUGUGAUUAAUCGCCAUACAUCUGUUAAAGAGGACACGUGAGAUCAUUAUUUGGUUUUAUACCCACAAAAAUUGGUUUAAUUGGUCCCAGAGCGCAGAGGCAAGCCUCAAGUGAGGCCUUUUCACAUUGUGGUAUGUCACAUUUAUGGUACCUGUUAAUUGUUUAUAAAAAAAUUAAAUGUGUGUUCUUUAUGUUUAAUUAAUGAGCUUUUAAAUAACACCAAUAUUUGUGGAGCACAUGAUUGUGUCAGAAGAAAUUAUUGUCGCGGGAGGAGGUGCGAUUUCUUUGACGCCUAGUAUAUUUUAUUUUCAAGAAUGUGAUAGAUGAGAGAGCAUAAUAUUUGCAUCGAUUUAUUUUCAAGUGUUUGUAGUUUUGUACAUCUUUGUGAAAAGAUUAAUGUCUUAUGUAAAAUUAUUUAUUUACUAAUUUACCUAAGUAUUACUAAAGAUCUCAAUAUCAAUUUGUGGGAUAUUUUGCUCCCGUACCACUUCUUGAAAGAUAAAAAUAUGCGGAAAUAUCUAUGAUCUAGAAUAUUGCAUUUAACAACUAUAUUUACUUAUAGGUAAUUACCAAUUUGAAAACCUACACAAUUUUCAGGAUUAGAUUGAAGUUUUUUAAAGUUGUCUUGGAAUUAUUGGUUAGUGGUGUCAAAUGGGUUACCUACACCAUAUCGAAUUACAAAUGAUCGAAAAUCAAAAUAUCGAAUGCUCAAAAUAUCGAACGUUCAGAAUAUCGAAUUUACAAAUGAUCGAACGAUCAAAAUAUCGAAUGAUUAAAAUAUCGAAAAAUCAAUAUAGAGGUUUUAAAAAAUGCAGGGUUCGAAAAUAUCCGAUAUUUAUUAUAAAUAUCAAAAUAUCGGAUAUUUAUGAUAUAUAUCCGAUAUAUAUCAACUUUGAUAUAUAUCAAAUUUGUAUGAAAGCUAUACUAUUAUUUUAUUGUAUUAUUUAUGAAUACAAUU